CGAGCUCCCCAGCUACCGCGACCCAUUUCCGGCCGGGAACACCGGUAAAACUUGGGGAUUUCCCCUUCUUUUCUUGUUCUAGAACACCUAUUAAGCCCCGAAUUUUUCCAGAUUUGCUCUCUUCCCUCUGCCGUGAGUUCCCUGCUGUUGGGUGUGAAUUUCUGGGCCUUUCCGGUAAGCCACAUUCAUGAACUUCAUUUUUUCAGCUUGAUUUAGCUUGGGUUCAUUUCAAAUCUGUUGUUUUUUCAAAUUUUGGUAGCCCCGUGAGCUUCCCCUCCAACUCCCGCCGACUGCCAAGCUCGCUAGACCCGAUUUGCUGGCCUGAAAUUCGGGUACUUGAUUAUUCUGCACUCUAGCACUUGAGAUUAGUGUUCUGUUUGGUGCGAUUGAGGUAGUGAUACCUGACACAAGGGGAGCCAAGGGAGUAACGAGCUAGACGGCUAUGCAUUAUUUUGGAUUUAGAUCUUUUGGAGCUAGGUCGCUAGUCUCACAUGGUUGACCCAAAUAACCAUUUUUAUGUACAGAGUUUCCUUGGUUAUAGCCAUAAUUGUUUAUAAACUGUUGUACAUCUUGACUAGUAAAAUUUUUGAUGGCUUCGAAACGGUGUGGGCGCCCGAGGGGUGGCUCGGGAGUUGUUAAACACUGGUACUUUUGUAACCCUGCCAAUGGGGUUAAACAUUGGUUAUUACUGACGCCUGCCAGUGGGAGUUUGUUAAACACUGGUACUAUUACUGACGCCUGCCAGUGGGAGUUUGUUAAACACUGGCCAUGACUUAUAGAUGAGACUACUGAUGAGUUUUAUUAUGCGUGAAUAGUUUAUCGUUGAAAGUUCUGUUAUGCUUACAUGGUUUAUCUGGCAUCCUUAAAAUUUUUUAUCAAGGGCUAUCCAUAUUUUACUUACUGAGAUAUUGUAUCUCACCUAGUUUUCCUUGUCCACCAUUUCAGGUAGUGAUACCCGACACAUGGGGAGCCGGGGGAGUGACGAGCUAGACGGCUAGGCAUUAUUUUGGAUUUAGAUCUUUUGGAGUUAGGCCGCUAGUCUCACAUGGUUGACCCAAAUAACCAUUUUUGUGUACAAAGUUUCCUUGGUUAUAGCCAUAACUGUUUAUAAAUUGUUGUACAUCUU